AUGUCAGAUGAUGUUUCUAUUCAAUUAAAUCCUCCAAUAACUUACCCAUUUUUAAUUACACGUUUUGAUGGAGCAUGUUAUUAUGGUGUUGCAUUAACUUUUUUUAAACAAUUCAAUAAUGAUGCUGGAACUUGUUCAGAAUCUUCAUCUGCAACAGCAAUUAUUUCUUUAAAUCAACUUCUUUAUCAUAUGACAAUUGAACAUGGUAUAUUAGGUUUACCGUUUGAAACUCAUUUCUAUAAUAUAUUAUAUAAAUUAUAUAUUCCAUCUUCAUCAUUGUCACAUUCAGUUCUUAAAUUUAAUGUUGGUGAAAGACAAUUAACAGUUUGGCAAACAAGUAUAUUUAUUAGAUUUUAA